AUGAGGCUACGAUUAGGGUUAGAGGAGAGAAAAAGGGGAGAGGGAGAAGCGAAGGGGGGCAAGCAGGGGGGAAGGGAGGCGGAGAAGGGGAACGGAACGGAGCGGGAGGGGAAAAGAAAUGGGGGGGGGACAAGCGGGGGGGAAAAGGCGCAGGGCGGAGGGUUGAAGGGGCUGAGCGCAGGGGGGAAGAAGGGAGAUGCGCGCACAAGUGCGGGCAUGGUUGGUGCCACGGGUGGGGGUGUGGGUGGGGUAGGAGAGGGAGUGACGGAGGGAAUAGCGGAGGGGCUUAUAGACGGUUUGGCGGAGGGAAUAGCUGAGGCGCUGGGGGGGAAACGCGCAGAGGGGAAAGCGGAGGGGAGAGAGGCGAGACGAGCAGAGGGAGCAGCAGCAACAGCGGCAGCAGCAGCAGCAGCAGCAACAGCGACAGAAGAAAGGGCAACAGCAGCAAAGGGGCGUGUUGAUAUGCAAGGGAAUGAGGAAGAGGCGUCAAGAGGGGAUGUAGAUGGAUGGGUUGACCCUGUAGCGGAGUACAUAGGAUGGUCUAUAACGGGGAUGAGGAGGGGAGGGGGAGGGGAUGCGGAAAGAGGGGAAGAGGAGGGAGGAUGGGGCGAGGAGUGGGAGGAGGAAGGGGAAUGGGAGGAGGAGGAGGACGAGGAGGAGAGGGAAGAGGAGGAGGGGGAAGAAGAGGGGGAAGGAGAUGGGGAAGAGGAGCAGGAGAAGGAGGAGGGGGAGAGUGAGGGAAGAGAAGGACGGAAAAGGAUCAGCAGCAGCAACGGGAAGCAGCGGGGAAAGGAGCAGGAGAACGACAAAGCAGCACAUGAGAAAGCAACAACGAACCGUAUCAGCUGCGAAAAGUGUACAGAGAGAAAUAGGUGCAGGGAUUGCGAGGGGUGCAAAGAGGCUAAUAGUGGAGGAGAAGCAGAUAAGAGGGGCGCGGCCACAGCAGGAAAGGCACGAGAAGGUCGACCAGGAGAGGCGGAAAAAGCAGCAGAAGCAGUCGAUGAAACUUCAUUGAAUCACUUGAAUGCUGCUGGUAUAGGUCCCUUAGAUGGGUACGCGGAUGGUUUGGAAGACAACGCGGACCCCCUGGGCGGGUAUAUAGACCCACUGGAGCAAUAUAUGCUGUGGUCUGGCGUGGGGCUGGUGGGAGAGGGGGGAGGGGAGGAGGGGGAAGAUACGGGGGAGGAGGUGGGGGAGGAUGUGGGGGAGGAGGGGGGAGAGGUUGGCAGAAAGGUAGGUGAAGAAGAGGGGGAUGAGGUGGGGGAAGGGGAGGUGGGGGAAGAGGGGAUGGAGAGGAAGGAGGUGAGUACAGGGAAUGAGACGAGAGAGGUGGAGAGGCGAGAUGAGGAGGGGAGAGAGGAGGAGGGGAGGCAGGAGGAGGAGAGAGGAGAGGGAGGACAAAAGGAGGGGCGAGGGGAGGGGAGGCAAGAGGAGGGGGAAGAUGAGAAGGAAGUUAUUGAAGGGCGGGGUGUGAGAGAGGUUGGAGGGGAGAGGGAGGGGAAGGAAGGGAGGGGAGUGAGGGAGGUUGGAGGGGAGACGGAUGGGGGCGAAGGGAGGGGAGUGAGGGAGGUUGGAGGGGAGAGGGAGGGGGGCGAAGGGAGGGAGCAGGAGGAACGGGAGAGACAUGGAGUGGGGGAUGAGGGGCAGGGUGUGGAGUGUGGUGGCGGCAGAGAGAAGAAUGGGCAGAAUGAGAAUGAUAAGGAGAAUGAAAUUAGUGAGGCGAGAGAGGAUGACGAUGUGGUGGAAGUGACAGUGAUGGGAAAGGGAGAGGGAAAGGGCGGUAAAGGAGGAGGGGAGGUGGGUGAUGGUAGAGAGGCGAGGGAAGGCGAGGGUAUGGGGCGUGAUUGGGGGGAGUGUGACGUUGAGGAGUGUGAGAUAGUGGAGGGGAAUGUUCGGGGGAGGGAUGGUGAGGGAAGGGAUGUUGAAGAGAGAAGGGGAAGGCGAGUGGGUGGUGAAGUGAGAAGAGGGCGAGUGGGAGAGAAAGGCGGGAGUGGAAGGGAGAAGGGGAAGGUAACGAAGAGAGAAAGGGAGAAAAAGAGGAGUCGGAGAGGAGAAGAGAAGGCGAGGGCACAUGAGGAGGAGGAGGAGGGAGAGGACGGAGGGGAGAGGGAGGAGGAAGAGGGUGAAGAGGUGGAGGAGAUUGAAAUGGUGGAGGGGGGGGAGAAGGAGGAGGAGAAGAAGGUGGGGGAAGAAGAGGUGAAGGGCAGAAAGAGGGGACAAAAGCGGAGUAAGCACGAGGAGAGGGAGAAUGAGGGGAAUGAUGAGGGUAAGGAGGAUGAGGAUGAGGAGGAGGAGGUGGAAGAGAUAAAGGUAGAAGAUAUACAGGAGGACAGGAGCAAGAGGAAUAAGAGGAAGCGCAAGGAGAGGCGGGGGGGAGAAAAGGAGAAGGAGGCGAGAAAGAGGUCAAAGUACCAGAAAGAAGAGGAGAAAGAGGAAGAGGAGGAUUCGGGAGAGGAGGAGGAGAGUGAGAAGGAGGAAGUGGAGCAGGGCAAGGGGGGAAGGAGGUGUAAGGCGAAGGAGAAGCGGUAUGAGUGUGGGCAGUGCGGCAUGGCGUUCACUCGACCGGCAUAUGUGCGACAACACAUGGCCACCCACGCGAACCAGUUUCCGUGUCCGCACCCACACUGCACCCAAACAUUCAGCCUGCAUGCCAGCAUGCAGCGGCACGUGAGGGAACAGCACUGGGAGGAGGAGGGCAUCCGAGACCGGCUGGAUAGAGUAAAUAGAGAGAGCAAGGGGAAGCAGGAGGAGGAGGGGGGGAUUGGUGAUCGGUUGUGUAGGGUGAAGAGAGAGAGUAAGGGAGGGGGUGCGGAGCAUAAGGUUCAGGAGAAGGUUGGGGUCCAGGAGAGAAGACAGCAGAAGGGACAGCAGAAAACAGAGGAGAAAGCACAGGGGAAGACGCAGGAAGCACAGGAGAAAAUGCAGAAAGCACAGGAAAUAAUACAGGAGAAACCGAAGGAGAAAACGCAGGAGGAAGCGCAGGAGAAAACACAAGAGAAGGAAUGUGAGAAGACAGCAGAAGCAACAGGAGGGAUUGGAGGAGGGGGGAAGGAGGGGAUAGCUGGGAAUGAGGAGCGGAGAGGAGGGGAGGAGGAGCAGAGAGGAAGGGAGGAGAGGAAAGCAGGGGAGGGGGAGAGGGAGGAGGAAAGGAGAGGUGGAGACGAGGGGAGAGGAGGGGAGGAGGAGAGGGAGGAGGAAAAGAGAGGUGGAGACGAGAAGAGAGGAGGUGAGGAGGAGAGGAUCGCAGCAGAGGGGGGAAGGAGAGGAGGGGGAAAUCAGAAGAGAGAAGGCGAGCAGGAGGAGAGAAGGGGUGAUGAAGGGGCUGGAAAGGGUUUGAGUGUGAUGGGGAGUGGUGAGAAGCGGUUUGACACUCAAAUGUGUGAUGCUGAAUUGUUUGAUGCUGCUGAAGCAGACAGGCAAGAAUCUGCUGACGUGGAGGAUAACAGAGAGAUCCUUGCGACCAAUGGGAGAGAAGGGGCGGUGCAAGGGAUGCAGGGCCACCUGCAGCAACAGAAGCAGCACCUGAAGAAACACCUGGGGGUUGGUGAGGAUCGCCUGGAGAAGCACCUGAAGGAGAAGGAGCAGCCUGGUAUGGAGAUGAAAGAUCACCUGAACCAACAGAAGGAACAGCUGAGGGCACACGUGGGCGGGAAUGGGUUGCUACUGCUGCAAGAUGCAGUAUGCUUAAGCUCUGGUGCUGCUGUGGGGACGACUGGUGGUGGUGUGGCGGCAGCUGAUGCUGACGUGGCAGCUCGUGCUGAUGUGGCAGCAACUGAUGGUGAUGCAGAAGUGGCUGUUUGUGAUGUGGCAGGUGGCGAUGCUGAUAUUACAGCAGCUGAUGGUGAUGUGGCAGAAGCUGUUGAUGAGGUGGCAACCGAUGCCGAUGCAAUGGCGACUGUUGGUACGAGUGUGGGCGGUGGGGGGACUGGUUGUGUGGCUGGUGGUGUGGCUGGUGAGGGUGCUGAUGGGAGGAUAAGGGAAGGCGUGAGGGAAGUGGAGGUGGCGAUGCGAGGAGAAGGAGGGGGAGGGGGUGAGGGGAAGGUGGAGGUUGGCAAAGGAGCAAUGGCAUCAGAAGUGGCGGUUGGUACAGGAGCUGUGGCGUCAGGGGGUGGUUGUGAGGCGCCUCAAAAGUUGAUGCGAGGAGAGGAGGGAAGGGGAGCGGGUCAGGGGAAGGUGGAGGUUGGCAAAGGAGCAAUGGCAUCAGAAGUGGCGUCAGAGGGGGUAAGGAAGUACAAGCAGGCUGGGAUGAUGAGCUGGAAGCGAAGGAGGUGGUGUGAUAAGGACGUGGUGAGAGAGAAGCAUGUGGUGAGAAGCAAGGAGAUGGCGGCAGGAAAGCUGGUAAAGUGCACUGAGGAACGAGAUGGCAAGACAAGGGAGAGGAAGCUGGAGGCAUUGGGAGAAGGCAAUUCAAGGAAGGGACCAUGUGAAGGCACUGAGGCAAGGCACGCAGAAGGGGAAGGAGCUUCGACAGGGAGCGAAGGAGAGGGCGACACAUCAGCAUCAAGUGACGGGGAUGCAGCAGCAGAAAGUACAGCUGCAGCAGCAGCAGCAGCAGGGGAGGGCACGGAUGGCGCAGCAGAGGGAGCAGAUGGGGCCAUAUGUGGCUUCUGCUUUACUGCCUUCCCGUCCCUCCCUGCCUUGGAGCAGCACACACAGCAGCAGCACCGCUCCGUGCCAUGCCAGCACUGCAACAAGCGCAUCUCUUUCUCUCGCUUCAAGCGCCAUUUGAAGGAGCAGCAUGAGGUGGAGCAACGACCAUCCCACCCAUGCAAGGUGGAUGGGUGCAGCAAGGCGUUCAGCUCUCCCAGCAACCUGAGAACGCACAUUAGGGCAUGCCACCAGGAGGACCGCCCCUUUGCCUGCUCCGUGCCAGGCUGCUCCCAGCGCUUUGCAUACAAAGUCAACCUCUCACGGCAUAUUGCAGCCAUACACGAGAUUGCACCCGCACAGAAUGUGGUGGAGAGGGAUGAGGCCAUGCACAAGAGACAGAAGCUCACGGGGAGACCACCUUGUUCUGAUGGUGCUGCGUUCGUUAGCGAUACACUGCGUGCUGCACAUAAGCAUGAAAAUGGCUCUGCGGAAGCAGAAAAAUGA